GGUUAUAAAGCCUCUUCAAAGCUAACCAAGCGUAUUGCCGCCCAGCUUUCCAAACCCUUCUUGUUUGACCACUCCAACGGGCAUGUUGGUGACAUCCAUGCCUCUCCUGAGGUUUCUGAGACAAUUGUCAACAUGGUGAGAGGGAUGCUGGACCUCCUUCAUGCCACUGUCAAAACCACGCAGUUGGUCUAUGAGCUGGAGGAGAUUGGAAUCCAUGGGAUAUGUCAGACUAACUAUGCCAUUGAGGGGAUCCCAGAGGGAGAAGAUGUGACCGUCACUCAGGUUGUUGAUGUCAGUAACUGCAGGGAGAAAGCAGAAAUGUACAAGGGAAUGGCUGCUGCUAUGCCUGACAAAUCAUCCAGACAGAGAGGACAGUCUGUCAUUUCAACAGUGAGGUAUGUUUACAAUAUCAAGCCAACACCGGAUGGGGGUCUUAUUACCAGAGCUGAAGGCCUGGAGCAACAGUUCUUCAGUCCCUUCAAUGUGAAGCGCGGCAGUUUCAGGAUGCAAGCUAAGAAGGAAAUCUCGUUGGUCACAGUGACUGACUUACAUUCACCUGUCACGUUUGAAACGGUGACAAACAAGGGCAACAUCGUUUACAAGUUUGUCUCAUCAGAAGCUUAUCCCCCUAUCAUCAUGCAGAACUUGCAAGAUCCCACAGUGACGGCUAUUGAACUGAUCAAGCGUUUGGCUCAGGCUAAUAAUUACAGAGUUGACAAUGCAACGACUGAGGAUGCAAUGAAGCUGUAUCAGCUUCUGAGAAUAACACCUUAUGAAGGAUUUGAGAUUAUGUGGAAGCAGUUUCAGACAAACGACGUACAAAGACGGUGGUUUUUGGACAUGAUUGCUGAGGUCAAUGAUGAAAAAAUCCUGAAAUUCUUAGAGGCUCGGUUUGUGGCUGGACAUUUGACUGCUAAUGAAGCUGUGCAAGCUCUUGUCAUAGCCAUAAAUCACCUGCAGGCUACCCCCGAGCUGGUUGAAAAGGCUAAAAAAUUCUUCGACAUGCCAUUCACAAGAUCUAAUGUCUAUGUGUGGCAAACUGUGGUGCUUUCCUAUGGCUCUCUGGUGUACAAGCAUUGUGCAUAUUACACACCUUGCCCAGUGAUUGCGGUUCAGCCACUGCUGGACAUGGCCAUGGAGGCUCUGAGGAAAAACAACGAGACUGACAUGGUCCUCUCUCUGAAAGCUCUGGGAAACGCAGGUCACCCAAGCAGUAUUAAAACCAUCAUGCGCUUCCUGCCUGGAAUUGCUGCCUCUCCUGUAUCUCUGCCAGCUCGAGUACAGAGCGCUGCAGUGCAGGCCAUGAGACUCAUAGCUGCCAGAGACCCACUGAGUGUCCAAGACAUCGCCAUGAGCCUGUUCCUUCAGAAGAACCUUGACUCAGAGUUACGGAUGUUGGCCCUCAUGAUCCUCUUUGACGCUCAGCCAUCAAUGGGUGUUGUAUCCACAGUGACUGUACAUCUACAGGAGGAGACAGACCUCCACGUUGGCAGCUUUGCAUACUCAUACUUGAAGAGCUUAGCCAGUUCUAGGACUCCAGAAAAUACCUUCCUCUCAACGGCUUCCACUUUAGCUGUGAGAAUUCUCGCUCCCAAGUUUGGUCGUCUCGACUAUCACCACAGCAAAGCAAGCCGUCAUGACUGGUUUGAUGACAACUUCUUGCUUGGCACAGCCAUAGAAGGAUUCCUGUUAAAAAAUGCAACCAGCAUCUUUCCCACGGAGAUGGUGGCAAAAAGUAAAUUGUACGCCAUUGGCAGGAUUAUGCAGCUAACAGAGAUGGGCAUCCGUGCCGAUGGUCUUAAAGAACUGCUUAACACCAGCAUUCCAGUAUUUAAAGAACAAUUUAACUUUAGUGACUUCCAGGCUAUUUUCAAUAAGGUUCAAAACUACUGGGAUGCUCUUCCCAAUGAGAAGCCAGUCCUUUCUGCUUAUUCACGUGUAUCAGGACAAGAGUGGUUCUUCACUGAUAUCACCAAAGAAUUCAUCCGUGACAUGAUCACGGCCAUCUCUUCUACUGAAAGGAAAGACAUUUAUAUGUGGAGAGCAAUUGAAAAUUUACAGAAGGGAUUUUCAUGGCGCUGGACCAAGCCAUUCCUCAACUUCGAGGCUCGUUACUUUCAGGCUACCAUCAUGGGUUUCCCACUUGAAAUUAGCAAAUACUAUCAUGCAGUCACCGGAAUCUCAAUUGACGCUAAAUUGUCUGUUAGUCCACCAAUGAAUGGACAGCUUUCACAGCUAUUGUCCUCUAAGGUUUCUCUAGACAGCAGCGGAUUUAUGGGGUUCACCAAGGACCUCUGGAUCUUCUAUGGGAUCAAUACUGAGCUCUUCCAGAGUGGAUCUGAAUUCAAGACCAAGAUGCCUUUGUCUCUCCCAUGGGACUUUUCUGCCAAAAUCAAUAUUGGCCAAAGGAAGUUUGAGAUUGACUUCCCUGCUUGCAAAAAAGAGAUUGAAUUCUUCUCAGUCAGGUCCAAUGUCUAUGCAGUCUCCAGGAAUAUUGAGGAGCUAGAUUCCGCUAUAAUGACACCCAUGAUGUCCAGUGCAUUGAAGGAACCUGCCCAAACUUGGGAGAUUCCUGGCGAAGCAGCGUAUCCAAGUUUGUGGCAUCCACAAACUAAGAUGUGUGCUAAGAGUAACAUGUAUGGAUUGGAUCUCUGUGUGGAGGCUGAUGUGAGAAGGCAAUAUUAUCACAGGGAUUACCCUCUGUCCUAUUUCCUGGGAUAUACCUACAUGGCACUCAAGCUAUCCCCAGCCCAGGGAGUCACUGCAGUUGACAAAAUCCACUUUGAGGCGAGCGCUGGGUCCAGCCAACAGACAAUGGCUACACAGCAACUGCUUAACAUUCUGAGGAAGCUGUCCAAGAAAGCUUUUCUAAGAGUGCAACAGGAUUCACAGUCCUCAAGUGCUGAAGAAUAUCAAACUGCUCAUCCUGACAUCGAAAUGGAAGCCUUGAACUCAACAGCUGAAGCCUUGCUCAAUAUCAAAGCCUUUGCCUUAAGUGCCAACCAGAACCAGCAGGGUUAUGAUGUAUCUCUGUACUAUAGACCUGAAGGAAACAUCAGCAAUGACCAACUGAUUGUGUCCCAAAUUGCCAAAGACACCAACUGGAAGAUGUGUGCUGAUGCUGUUCUGGAUGCUGAGGCUACAGUAAAGGCACACAUCAGAUGGGGAGCUGAAUGUCAGUCCUUUGAAAUGUCAGUGAGUGCUACAGCUUCCUCUCCAUGGGACGUAAGGCCAGCAAUCAACGCCACAGUACACUGGACCAAGAUUCCAGAUGACCUGACAGCAGUCGGCUCAAGAGUUGAAAAGUACAUCCCAGGCAUGGCUUUCCUCCUGGGCUUCUACCAGCAGCAAGAGAAAAAUCCCUUGCAGGAGGUGUCUGUAUCUAUUGCAGCCCCCUCUGCAGACAGUAUUGAUGUAAAGAUUAAAGUACCAGAGUAUACAGUCUACCGUGAGGCUUUUCCAUUUCCAGUGCAACCUGCCAAUUUUCUGGAGUUUUACAGCAUGAGAAAUGAGACAAUUCAAGGAUUUGGACAAGCAUGAAAAAAUGUAAGCAACUCAGCACACAUUUUGAUGAAGUUUAAUUGAGUGUUUACAGCAAUCGACUUCUUGAAGUAAUUUUGUGUGUUUGCAUUUAUGUGCCUUUGUGUCUGGGUGGCAGUUGAUUAUUUUGACAUACUUCUCUGCAAAGCAGACGCACAAAAAACAAGUGAGGCACUGCUUUUUUCUCCCCCUUCUUCUUCUUCUCUUUUUUUUCUGUUCUUGCUCAUUGCUUUAUCAUAUAUGUUUUUGUCUUGCAAAAGGAAGGAAAACCUCUGAGCCCAGAUGGGAGCCAGAUGCCACUUCUCACAGUGAUAACACUGCAAUCAAAAUCACAGUGAGGACGCUGAGGGUCAUAAAAGAUGUAUCUGAAAACUGUCACCAGUUUGGAAAUAACCUGUCAUGGUCCUGAUUUAACAAUUUGAGAGCAUGUUUAUAUCUGAAUAAUCAAGUGAAAAAAAUGUACAUCUCCUCAUGCUUGUGAGUCAGUUUAUCCAACUGGAUUUACCAAAACCUGUCGUCUGUCACCUGUCAACCAUUUUUG